CGCCCGGCCGGCCUCCGGCAAGGGGGGCGGUGGCCGCGGCGGUGACAGCCGCUCCCCGCCCCUGAGGGUCGCCACGUCCCUCACGUACAGCCCGGCCGAGGCGCGGAGCAGCGACCUGGCGGCCGCGGCUCCGGCUCCUCCGGCGGGGCUCGGCAUGAGGCUGGCGCGGCUGCUGCGCGGAGCCGCCUCGGCCGGCCCGGGCUCCGGGCUGCUCACGGCUAGCCCCGGCGCCAGCCGCAGCCUUACCUCCGACUCGGGCUCGGGGCCGGCGCCUGAGAGCGGCGUUCCGGGCCAGGUGGACUUCUACGCGCGCUUCUCGCCGUCCCCGCUUUCCAUGAAGCAGUUCCUGGACUUCGGAUCUAUGAAUGCUUGUGAAAAAACCUCAUUUAUGUUUCUGCGGCAAGAGCUGCCUGUUAGAUUGGCAAAUAUAAUGAAAGAAAUAAGUCUUCUCCCAGAUAAUCUUCUCAGGACUCCAUCAGUUCAAUUGGUACAAAGCUGGUAUAUCCAGAGUCUUCAGGAGCUUCUUGAAUUUAAAGACAAAAGUGCCGAAGAUGCUAAAACUAUUUAUGACUUUACAGAUACUGUGAUUCGGAUCAGGAACCGACACAACGAUGUCAUUCCCACGAUGGCCCAGGGUGUGAUUGAAUAUAAGGAGAGCUUCGGGGUGGACCCUGUCACCAGCCAGAAUGUUCAGUACUUUUUGGAUCGUUUCUACAUGAGUCGCAUUUCAAUUAGAAUGUUACUCAAUCAGCACUCUUUAUUGUUUGGUGGAAAAGGCAAAGGAAGCCCAGCUCAUCGAAAACACAUUGGAAGCAUAAAUCCAAACUGCAAUGUAGUUGAAGUUAUUAAAGAUGGCUAUGAAAAUGCUAGGCGUCUGUGUGAUUUGUAUUAUAUUAACUCUCCUGAACUAGAACUUGAAGAACUAAAUGCAAAAUCACCAGGACAGCCAAUACAAGUGGUUUAUGUACCAUCCCAUCUCUAUCACAUGGUGUUUGAACUUUUCAAGAAUGCAAUGAGAGCAACGAUGGAACACCAUGCUGACAAAGGUGUUUACCCUCCUAUUCAAGUCCACAUCACACUGGGUAAUGAGGAUUUGACUGUGAAGAUGAGUGACCGAGGAGGUGGGGUUCCUUUGAGGAAAAUUGACAGACUCUUCAACUACAUGUACUCAACUGCACCCCGGCCUCGUGUUGAGACGUCCCGAGCAGUGCCUCUGGCUGGUUUUGGUUAUGGAUUGCCCAUAUCACGUCUUUAUGCCCAAUAUUUCCAAGGAGACCUAAAGCUAUAUUCUCUAGAAGGUUAUGGGACAGAUGCGGUCAUCUACAUUAAGGCUCUGUCAACGGAAUCGAUAGAGAGACUCCCAGUGUAUAACAAAGCUGCCUGGAAGCAUUACAACACCAACCAUGAGGCUGAUGACUGGUGUGUCCCCAGCAGGGAACCAAAAGACAUGACAACGUUUCGCAGUGCCUAGAUACACUUGGGACACCUGGAAAACCCAAAUGUGGCUUUUGUUAAAUUUGGAAGCGAUGAGGUUCAGAACUACAUUAUACCAAAUACUUCGCGUGUUAUUUUCAAAAUUAACUAUUUGGGUAGAAUAAAUGGAAAGUGAAUUCCAUUUAUGUCUGUUAAACCUCCUAAAGGAUGAAAUUGUACCUAUUUUGCACUUAUAUUUUCACAGUUAAUUGAACAUAUUUUUAAACAACUGUAGUUUUGGUCAACUUGCCUCUUUAUGGUAGACUUCAGAAGCAUGGAAGUCUUUGGGUUUCUAUAGAAGGCUGUGUGGUUUUUAAAGAACUUCUCAUUUAUGUGUGUUAGAAACCUUUUCUUAAUGAUCCUGAUUACCUAGUUAGCCAUCCACCUGUUUUUUGGAAUUCUGCCAUCCUUUAUUAAUGUGUAAUGACAACUGUAAUAAGACGGUCUUCAGAUGUACCAGUGACUAAGUAGAAGCAGAAAAUAGUUGUCCUAUAAAUGUAGCACCAGCCACCUUUCAGCAUCUACAUGCAUAAUCUUUCCUCUGAAGUUGAUUUAUCAUCUUUUAAUUUUACUGCAAAGAAUUAUAAUAGGUUCCCUAUGGAACUAAGCCAAGAUCGUAGGUAAUAUACUCUUAAUGUGCUUGUGAUUAAUGCAGGGGGACAUUCUUAUACUAAAAACAAGCUAGUAGCUGCUAAAAUUCUAGAGAAGAAAUUGAGGUCAAAGCAGUGAGUCCCCAAAAUUGAACUAUCAAUUACUGAGAUUACCUGGGGGGGGGAGGCUUUUGAGAGACAGAGUUUUUCUGGGUCCUACGCCAGACAAACAGAAUCAAACUCUUGACAGCUGCAGCCCAGAAAUCUCAAUUUUUCACCUAGUUAGAAAACCACUCUUUUAAAGUGUGUAAUGAUACUACAUUUGCUAAAGUAACAGACAUCUUUAGGUUUUGAUUUUCACUUAUUGCAAGGUCAGGCUUCUAGACUCCAGAAGAGACCAACACUCGCAGGCCUGGUGCAAUUAAAAGCAGGAGACAAGGGCGCCUGGGUGGCACAGCGGUUAGGCAUCCGCCUUCGGCUCAGGGCGUGAUCCCGGCAUUACUCGAGCCCCACAUCAGGCUCUUCUGCUAUGAGCCUGCUUCUUCCUCUGCCACUCCCCCUGCUUCUGUUCCCUCUCUCGCUGGCUGUCUCUAUCUCUGUCGAAUAAAUUAAAAAAAAAUCUUUAAAAUAAAAUAAAAUAAAAGCAGGAGACAAAUUGACUACAUGAGAACAGUCAGGAACUGAAAAAUAAGAACCAUAAAUGUUCACGUAUUGAUGAAGACCAUAUAUUUUAUAAGAAAUAUCUAGACUUUUGUUAUCAGGAAAAAUUCAGCUAGGGCUUAUCAACAGUUCUUUGCAUUCUUAUGGUAAUUUGUAGUUUACAAACCUUUGGUAUAUCAUGAUAACUCUAUUGGGCUUUACAACAGAUCUAGAGCAGGUGGUAUCAUCCUUGUUUUGAGACUCAGAGUGUGGCCCAGAGUUGCACAGAAUUGGAGUCAGGGCCUGAGCUGUCUUGCUGAUCACUGUCAGCCGCCAAGUCUGGGAGACCAUAAAGUUAGGAGACUAUGUUGUUAGUCACUUUUAAGGUGACAGGGAAAUAUAUUGAAAAUAAAUUUUAAAGUAAGAUUUUAAAUAUUUAAAGAACAGCUUUACUACUUAAGUGCAGGAAAUUUAUCUGGAAAAUACAUUGGGUUGAAACACCUCAUUCUCAAAAGGAUUACAUAAGUUUAACAAUUCUACAAAAAUUUAUAAAUUGGAAGGGAUGGAAAAGGGCAGUAAGUCCAGGAUUCUCAUGUGAGAGGUGAUAGUCCUGAGACUCAUGGUGUGUGGUUUGCCCAGGGCUUCUUACCCAAUUUGACCAAAUGUUGGAAAAAGAGAUCUUUUACCCAAUCUAUUAUUCCUUAAUUAUGGAUUUUGUGAAAAAUAAUAGGAUAUGCUAGUGGAUGAUUUAUAUUAGUUCAAGGUGUUACAGUUUUUUAGCUUUAAAUUACACUUUUUUUGUAAUGAUGAAAUAUUUUAGAAUCAAAAUAGUUUCUUUCCUAAAUGAGACAUUUGUACAACUGACAUAAACUUGAUGUUUUACUUAUGAAACACUUUCCCUCCCCCCCAAAAUUAAAGUUUUUCUCUAUUUAUAAGCUAAGAAAUGAUGUUUUUAAAGCAAAAGUGAAAUGUUUUCCUUUCGCUUCUUUUUAAGGUAUAACAGCUUUUUUACUUUGUCACGUGGUAAUGGACAGAAAGUUACAUACGAAAAUGUUUGGGGGGUAGCAUUCUCCUCAAUGGUUUCAAAUCAUUGUGCUACCUGUAAAGUUUUUAGAUUCUUAACACUAUUUUGUCCACCAGCAUUUAGUGUGAUGCCAUGUAGACAAAGAAGUAUACAAAAGGAUAAGAAGUGGAUACUAAGUGAUUUUUUAAUAACCUGGGCAUUUAAUAAAUGUGCCAACAUUUUUUAGGAAGAUUCGCAAAAAUAUUCUGCCCUAUCCUUAAAAUACUGGCUGGCUUUAGAUGUCUUUAUACUUAAUAGUGAUCACUUUCUUGCACUGUGAAGUUUUUACAUGAAGAUGUUGAAGUGGAAGUCUACCAUAUUAUUUUAUAAAAUGUGUUGUGUGUGGCAAUAAACUGAAAACAUGAAUCAA